GACUUGAAAUUAUUUUUUUGGUAGAAGAGAAAGACAAAAUAUAAAAACACAAAAAAAAACAAAAAAGAAAGAAAGACGUGUAAGAUGUUUAUGAAGUACGUUUCACGCAUGUUUAUGCGUAGGUUUCAUACCAACUAUGACUAUGACAACUGUUAGGCUACAAUUAAUCCACCAAUUAAUGAACGCAUUUAUAUAUAAAGGUGUAAUAAAUAAGCAUGCUACCGAUUUUUAGAUGUUUAUUUCUAUUACUUUUAUUACUGUUUUAUUGUUUUUUAAAGAUUAUCCAUCGAUGUAAAAAUUAAAUAUUCUUCAUGAAAUAUUCAUGAAGAUGUUAUGAGUUUAUUUAUUGACGUAUUACAGGCUUUAGAUAUGUGUGAAGUAAAGCUUUUGUGGUUAUUUUUGUUUUCUUUUUAUGAAAUUGAUUUCCUCUUUAUCAUAAGCAUGAGGACGGAUUUGCGUCACAGUGCAACUUGCGGGUUGAGAUAAAGUUGCACAAAUAUUGAAAAAGGAAGUUCUAACCGUCAUUAUAAAGUUUUUUGUUACACUCCGGAAGAAAUACGGAUUUCGUUCGUAUCCUAAAAUACUAAAACAAGCUCUAUUUUUGGACAAAUCUAGCAGGAAUAUCCGCUCAUUUAGUUAGAAUCAGAGCCCAUUAAAAACAGGAUGACCUGGAUCUAUUAGAACUGGAGUUUCCUGUACUCAGCGGUCAAGCUCGGAAUGAGACGGAAUUUGAGGGCGAACCACGGGACAUGUUCAGAGAAAACUCCUUCAUACAAAUACAAACAAUGACAUAGGUUAUUCGCCGUAUUUAUGUACAAAAGCUGAACAAUGAUUCUCCAGUAAUAUUUAUAUUUUCUAAAAGACUUAUUGCUUUCGGAUUCUCUUAGACGACUGAAAACACAUUUUUAAAUUAGUCUAUUACUGAAUUUAUAACCUACGCAUUCACCUAGAACCUAAAAUAUCAUCUGCAAAGCUACACGUAAAAAUAAUUGAUCUGUGCUUCAUAACUGGGCAACUUUUUAACCCGUUAACCCGUUAAACUCUGUGUUUGUACAAUAUUAGGCUAAAGACUCGUAAUAAACAUGUCGUUUGUUAAAUUAAUUUGUUAGCCAAAAUGUCAAUACAUGGUGUUUCAGACAACGUGAGUCGCUCGCAAAAAUACGUGUAAUUUAUUUUUCCAAAUUUUAGACACUAAAAGGGUAGUCCACAGUCUGGUAUUUAGUGAUAUAAUUGGUCUUUAUAAUGUAACAUUCCUGGUAGUUGUUAAAGAACAACAAUAAUAAAUAAUAGUAUUAAUAAUAAUAAUUUUAGUGCCGUAUUUAUUCAUUCGGACAACGAAGAAUUUCACCGGUAAAGUUCAACCCUCAAGAACCCUAUGUCUUGGGGGCGUGUUGUACUGCUGAAGCUGCACCUCCAUUGGCCAGAGGGUAACCAAUCAGUUAAAGAUCAGAAACUUCUGCUGAGGACUACUUGGACCAGCUGCUUACGUUCCAUACUUGUGAGAAAGAUCCCAGGCCAUUUAAAAAAGAAAUCUACCGUUUUCGACAAUAUCUGCGUUUCCAUGCAGGAUUUUUCUGUUAUCACCGUUUGUGUUUAACCACGGGGUAACACAUAUUAGUAGAAUGUAUACUGCCGGACUCAACCCGUUUUAUGCUUCUAAUUUUAGUCUUUGGUCUGCGUAUUGCUCCAGUGGUUUUUCAUUGGAUUCGAUGAAGAAGCCGUCUUUUUGCAUUGCUGACAUAUUACACGUCGGAGACGCUGAAAACAUCUCUGGAUCUUCCGCUGUAAUGGCUCAUAUGGGUCCCCGUGCUCCGGUUCACGCUUCUGGAUCUCCCCUGCGCCCUUCCCCGGUUACCCAGGAGCCGUGUGUUUUCGGCUCCAGGGUGAGCUCUGCGUCCCCGUAUCACAGGCACGGAUUACAUUUAACUUCUGUUUCGCGAGUCACUCUGAACUCUCCCCAAGCCCCUGCACCGUCAAGCAAAGACCUAAAGUUUGGGAUUGAUCGCAUUUUAUCUACAGACUUUGACCCAAAAGCCAAAGAGACUUCAAGUUUAAGAGAUCUCACUUCAAUUGUUAGCACGAACCGUCAGUCAGGGAUCCAUCUCUCUAUGCCGCCUUCUACAAGCCAGUACUAUACGCCCUUAGAACCCAGGAUGAGCGACGCGCCCACCAUGAUGAGCUCGUUAGGCAGCGCGGCCAGGCAAUCAGGACAGCAUCAGUUACAGGAUACCUUUCCAGGUCCGUACGCAGUGCUUACCAAAGACACGAUGCCACAGACGUACAAAAGGAAGCGAUCCUGGUCACGAGCAGUGUUUUCCAACCUGCAGCGAAAAGGGCUUGAGAAACGAUUCGAAAUACAAAAGUAUGUCACCAAACCUGACAGGAAGCAGCUCGCUGCGAUGCUGGGCCUGACCGAUGCGCAGGUGAAAGUAUGGUUCCAAAACAGGCGGAUGAAAUGGAGGCACUCGAAGGAAGCCCAGGCUCAGAAAGACAAGGAGAAGGAGCAGUCCGACAAACCGCUGACAGAAGGGGAGCAGAAGGAGCAGGAGUCCGAGUGCGAAAGCGAAGCGAGUGAGUGCGAUUUGGACGAGGCGCCGGAGCGCAGUGACGUGGACAUUGCGGAACACAAUAAGCGAAGCGUCAUCAUGAACGGGGCUCCCCCCGCCAGCGCUGAGGAGGCGGCGCCGCUCAGCGCGGCCACGGAAGCGCCGGCGUCCUAGCGAGGGUGCGCUAGUCGCACCCUGGAAGGUAAUUUCUAUCUGUGAAGUAUUUAAUAUGAAGCCUAUCGAAAUGUCCGAAAUUGAACUCAACAAAAAGGGUAAUUUUAAAAUCGUCUUAUGAAAAAUUGCUUGGAAGGCGGCCCAAAGACAUAUUUUUAUUUAGGACUGUUGGUAGCUACCCCGAUAUAUUUGUUAUUUUUUCCACAUGUAAUUGACCCUCUUCCCUUCAAAAAUAAUCCCCUAAAUAUGUUAUUUUGUAAAUGUGAUUUUUUUCCAUUUUUGAUAAGCGUAAAAGUGUAUUAUAUAUUGUCCAAACUUAUUUGCACUGAAAAUAAUGUACAUAAUGUUUCUUACUGUUUUCAGAUUGUAUUCGUAAAAACCUAAUGAUUUCCAUUAAAAGUUUCUGUCAAAACAGCAA